UUGUAAAGUAAGAUACCUGAAAAGCGUCAUUUAGGUUAUAAUGAAUUGUUUUUAUUUAUUUGAUUUAUUUGAAAGAGGUACGUUUUUAAUCCCUAAGAUAUGCUAAAUUAAAACAACAAUUGAUUUGCUGAAAGCGACUGAUCAAUUAAAUAUUAAUUAUUAAGAUCCAAUAUAUUAAUAAGUAUCCUAACCUAUAACCAAGAUGCCUACACAAUUUGGUGAUAAUCCCAAUGAAAUUAGAGCUAAAAUAGCUUACAAUGGUGAAGUGUUAAUAACUUACAUAGAUCAAAGCAUUACUUUAGAACAGUUGUGUCAAGAAAUGAGAGAAAUUUGUCGUUUUUCAAGUGAGCAAGUGUUUACUAUGAAGUGGGUGGAUGAAGAAGGUGAUCCUUGCACUAUCUCCUCCCAAAUGGAGCUUGAUGAAGCCAUUCGUUUGUAUGAAGUUAAUAGGGAUUCAGAAUUGACCAUCCAUGUGUUCCCAAAUGUGCCGUCACAGCCCGGGAUGCCCUGCCAAGGAGAGGACAGGAGCAUCUACAGAAGGGGCGCCAGGAGGUGGAGGAAGCUCUAUAGGGUUAAUGGACACAUUUUUCAGGCCAAGAGGUUCAAUAGGAGGGCAUUCUGCGCUUACUGCAAUGACAGGAUCUGGGGUUUAGGACGACAAGGGUUCAAAUGUAUACAGUGUAAGCUGCUAGUCCACAAGAAAUGCCACAAGGCUGUAAAUAAACCCUGCACCACCGAACACCAGGAACCCGUAGUUAGAGAUGAUCAUAAUGGGGAAGCCCAGGCCAUUAGUACUCCUGUUAAUGAAAUCAUACCAGAUAUUAGGGAAAGGGAUUUCCCGGAACCUCCUCCAGAUGUGACAGGUGAAUCGGUGCCAGUGGAAGAUCCGAACAAGCCCUUGGACGACCUCGAGCCGGGCUCCCAACGCCAGUAUUCCCUCAAUGACUUCGAGCUCAUCCGAGUCAUAGGCCGCGGAUCCUACGCCAAAGUACUGAUGGUGGAACUCAAGAAGACGAAACGUAUAUACGCCAUGAAGGUGAUAAAGAAGGCCCUGGUGACCGACGACGAGGAUAUAGACUGGGUGCAGACGGAGAAGCACGUCUUCGAGACGGCCUCCAACCACCCCUUCCUGGUCGGUUUACACUCGUGCUUCCAAACUCCGUCUAGACUGUUCUUCGUUAUUGAAUUUGUCCGCGGGGGCGACCUGAUGUUCCACAUGCAGAGGCAGAGAAGGCUGCCGGAGGAACACGCCCGGUUCUACGCGGCGGAGAUUUCCCUCGCCCUGAACUUCUUGCACUGCAAGGGGAUCAUAUAUAGGGACUUGAAGUUGGAUAACGUACUGUUGGACCAUGAGGGCCACAUUAAAUUGACUGAUUAUGGUAUGUGCAAAGAGGGUAUUAGGCCUGGGGACACUACGUCGACUUUCUGUGGCACUCCUAACUAUAUCGCCCCGGAGAUUUUACGAGGGGAGGAUUACGGUUUCUCGGUGGAUUGGUGGGCUUUAGGUGUUCUCUUGUAUGAAAUGCUGGCGGGUAGAUCGCCUUUCGACAUAGCCGGAGCAUCGGAAAAUCCCGACCAGAACACCGAAGAUUAUUUAUUCCAAGUUAUCUUAGAGAAAACGAUUCGUAUCCCUAGGUCUUUAAGCGUGAAGGCAGCUAAUGUCCUUAAAGGAUUUUUGAAUAAGAAUCCUGCCGAUAGAUUGGGGUGCCACAGUCCGGAGGCCUUCGUCGAGAUUACCGGCCAUCAGUUCUUCAAAAGCAUCGAUUGGGAUAUGCUAGAACAAAAGCAGGUCCCGCCACCGUACAAACCUCGUUUAGACUCGGACAGAGACUUGGCUAAUUUCCCUCCAGAAUUUACAGACGAGCCUGUGCACCUUACACCCGAUGAUCCGCGUGUGAUUGAGAAGAUCGACCAGAGCGAAUUCGAGGGCUUUGAGUACGUGAACCCGCUCCUCAUGUCGCUGGAAGACUGCGUGUGACACAACGUUCUCUGCGCCCUACACCCCAACAACUUACCCCCUCCUCCCGUACAUCGCUAUCCGCCGCCUCUCCUUCCGCCGCCGCCGCCGCCCAACCUCGGCGACUACGACGACAGCUUCCUCCAGGUAGACAUGCGUCCCAGCAAAUCUAUCCUACAAAAUAUCUUUUGCCUUCCUUUGAACUAGAGAUAACGUUGAUUUAGGAGAUAUUUUAACCGAUCGGUUAUUUUAAUCAAUGUCUUGUACGAUUCUCGGUAGCGUUUCGUCGAGGGGACGCCUCGUUUACGAGGGAGGACGGACUUUUUUUUAUUAUCAUAAGUAUUAAAAUUAGUAGGUAGAUGUUUGGAAUUUUUAAUCGAGUGAUAUUUUGUAUGGCAGGUACAAGAUAUUUUUUAAAACAACAACUCUGUUUAGUCCAACGGAGCCGACAGUAUUUGAGGCUAUGUAUUAUUGUAUUUGUAGCAGCACCAUGAGGAAUAUUCGAUUCGCGUUAGGGAAUAUAUGAGCAAUACGAGUUAACUAGUACGUUAAGUUGUACUUUACACAUUCCGGGCAUACUUAUUUUCAAGUGUUAACUUGGUUUUGUUGGAUGUUUUCGUUUUGGCAGCUGUUUCUCUGAUUAGAAUUUUUUUUUUGUUGGAGUAUGAAAUUAGAGUGCUAUACUUUUCGAUGUUGAAAAUACAAUUUUCCUCAGACGUCGAUGAAAAACAUGGAAAAAAAUCAGAAAAAGUAAUAUUUCUGUGUGCGUCGAAGUAAUCAGAAAAUCAUCAAUUUCGUAACUAGUUGAGGAAUAGAAUUUAUUAGUUUUCAGUGUUUAAGAGUACUUUUUCUUGAUUUCAAACAAAAGAAUAUACAAAAUUCACAAAAAAAUGUUAAAACUUGGAAAUACUGUGAA